UUACUGGUGGUUACCAGGGGUCACUGGGGUUUAUUGGGGGUUACUGGGUGUUACUGGGAGUUACUGGGAGUUACUGGGAGCCGGGGGUGGUCUCCAUGUCCCCACCGUGUCCCCGCUGUCCCCCAGUGCCACCUGUGCUGUCCCCAGGGGUGCCCCGGGCAGGGGGGGUGGCCGGGCCCCCCCCGGCGAGACCCCCCCCAGGCCCCGCCACCGCUGACAGGCCGCCAUGGGGGACUCGGGCAGCGCUGGGGGGGGUUUCGGGGUGGGGCUGCUGGAGCUGCGGGCGCUGAUGGAGCUUCGCGGCGCCGAGGCCUUGAUGAGGGUCCGCGAGGACUUCGGGGACGUCCAGGGGCUCUGCCGCCGCCUGCGCACCUCCCCCACUGACGGGCUGUCGGAGGGUCCGUCGGAGCUGGAGCGGCGCCGGCAGGAGUUUGGGAAGAACUGGAUCCCCCCCAAGCGCCCCAAGAGCUUCCUGGCGCUGGUGUGGGAGGCCCUGCAGGACGUCACCCUCGUCAUCCUCGAGGCCGCCGCCCUCGUGUCCCUGGGGCUGUCCUUCUAUGCCCCCCCCGGCGCCCACGACGAAGUGUGCGGCCACGCGUCGGGCGGAGCGGAGGACGAGGGCGAGGCGGAGGCCGGGUGGAUCGAGGGCGCUGCCAUCCUGCUCUCGGUGGCCUGCGUGGUGCUGGUCACGGCCUCCAACGACUGGAGCAAGGAGAGGCAGUUCCGGGGGCUGCAGAACCGCCUGGAGAGCGAGCAGCGCGUGGCCGUCCUGAGGAGGGGCCGCCUGGCACAGCUGCCCACGGCUGAGCUCGUGGUGGGGGACGUGGUGCAGGUCAAGUACGGUGACCUCCUGCCCGCCGACGGGGUCCUGAUCCAGGGCAAUGACCUGAAGAUCGACGAGAGCGCCCUGACCGGCGAGUCCGACCACGUGCGCAAGAGCCCGGACAAGGACCCGCUGCUGCUCUCGGGCACGCACGUGAUGGAGGGCUCGGGCAGGAUGGUGGUGACGGCCGUGGGCGCCAACUCGCAGAGCGGCAUCAUCUUCACCCUGCUGGGCGCGGGCGGCGACGACGACGAGGGCGACAGGAGGGACAGGAGAGGGAAAGGCCAGGACGAGCACCACCGAGACCCCGCAAAGCAAAGGUGAGCCGGG